GCAGGUAUGUCAACUCUUCUCCUCUUGCGUCCUCCUUCUUCUUCUAUUUAUUUAUCUUGGUUUUUCAGAAAGGGGAAAAUGAUUUCUUCCUCUCUUCUUUCAUUUUCCCUAAUUUAUUGAACUGAUAUGGUGGUCUAGGUUGCCAUGUAAAUGAAUGAAAUUCUAACCCUAAAAUUUCAGUUGCUGUAAUUUUCAAUUGAGCUGUUAAAAUUGUUAAUUUCUAUUUCUGGGUGUAGCUUAAAAUUUAAUCUUGUUAUAUAUGAGUUCUUCUCCACCAUUGAUUUCAAAUGUAUUUGUAGUUUGCUCCCUAUCUUGCCUCGUUGCUGCUGGUAUUUGCUGCCAUGUAUCUAACUUAAAAUUAUUUUACUGCAAUUUACAUCAAAAGCUCUAAACACAAGCUCAAACUUAAUAUUAAUAGUACACAUGGUAAUCACCAAACCACAAGCUUAAAAUUUAAGCUUGUUAUAUUUAUCCCCUUCUUUUUCUGGUUGCUGCAUUGGCAUUUAGUAGCCUAAUUUAUGUUUCAUGUUGAGAAGAACAUGGUUGAAGGUUCAUGGUUAAUGUACCAGUUUUUUCUCCCUUGGGUCUGCUAUUUGUGUUUUGAGUUUGUAGACCCCAUUGGCUUUAAGGCUUCGUAGACUCUUUGUAUAUGGCAUGCUAUUCUUGGCAGUAGGAUUUUGUUGAGUUUUGGGGUAGUCUAGGUGGCUCUUUCUUCUGUCUUUUGAGUUUUUUUAUUCUCUCUUCCCCUUUCUUCCUUGUUUCUUUUGGGUUGAGGUACCCCUAGUACCUCCUUAAAUGAACAUUUUGUUUACUAACUUCCUUGCUAUUUUUUCCCUAUGGAACCAUAAACUUCACAUUAAUAGUUUACUAUGUUUAUACUUGUCAUAAUUGUGUCUUGAUAACAGGGGUAAAUAUGAAUCAAAAGCAGCGUCGAAUGUUAACAUAUUUAAUUAUGGAAACUACGUUCUAUCAGAUGGUGGGGGUUUGUUUUGCCAUUGCAAUGGCAGUUAGCUCUUCUGCACAAUGGUUUUAUGAAAAUAGUUGUCUUAGGCAACUACCUAUAAGUGGAGAAGGUUUAAGAGGAGAGUUAUUACAGAGAUUGAUCAAUCGAGAUGAUGUGACAUGUAUUGAUCAACUUCGUGUGGAUAUUAGGUCUUUUAAUUUGUUAUGUGCUCUCCUCCGUAAUGAAGGUAAAUUGAAAGGGGAUGGAUUGGUCACAAUUGAGGAACAAGUGGCUAUGUUUCUACACAUAUUGGCACAUCAUUCAAAGAAUCGUGUCAUAAAGUUUCUCUUUAAGCGGUCGGGAGAAACAAUUAGUAGGUAUUUUAAUAAGGUGUUGAAUAGCGUUGUACGAGUGCAUGCAUCACUCCUUAGAGCACCGGAUCCUGUAUUAGAAGAUUAUUUAGAUGAAAGAUGGAAGUGGUUUAAGAACUGUCUUGGGGCACUAGAUGGAACACACAUUGAAGUUAAUGUUCCAGCAAUUGAUAAACCAAGAUAUCGUAAUAGAAAAGGGGAUAUAUCUACCAACGUCCUAGGUGUAUGUGCUAGAGAUAUGAGGUUUAUAUAUGUGUUACCCGGAUGGGAAGGAUCUGCAUCGGACUCAAGGAUAUUACGAGAUGCAAUUUCUAAGAGAAAUGGUUUAAAAGUUCCAACAAGUUACUAUUAUCUCGUGGAUGCUGGGUAUGCAAACUCUGAAGGAUUUCUUGCUCCAUAUAGAGGUUAUCGUUACCACCGCAGUGAGUGGAAACGUGGAUCCACACCACAAUGUAAAGAAGAGCUCUUCAACAUGAGGCACUCUAUGGCUAGAAACGUGAUAGAGAGAACCUUUGGAUUGUUAAAGAUGCGAUGGGCAAUACUUAGAAGUCGGUCUUUUUAUUCACUCAAAGUCCAAAACAACAUAAUAAUUGCUUGUUGCAUCUUACACAAUUUCAUUAGAAGAGAAAUGUCUAUCGACCCAUUGGAAGCACAACUAGAUUUGGAACUUGAAGCACAAUUACACAAUGAGGAUGUGGCACAUAAUGAUCCUAUUAGUACGAUUGAGACAACUGAGGAGUGGUCUGUCUGGAGAGAAAAUUUAGCUACACAGAUGUGGAAUGAAUGGGUUGCUACUAGAAAUAUGAAUUAGGACAUGCAUUUGUUUGUAUUUUUUGUCAUAAAUUUUGGAAUUUGAGUUACUUUGCUGGUUUAUGGUGUACUCUUGUCUGUUAUGUUUUUGGAAAUUUGGUUAUAUAUUUGGUUUGUGUACUUUGAUAAUGAACUAUGACAUCU